AUGGCCAAUUCAGGCCUGCAGUUGUUGGGCUUUUCCAUGGCAAUGCUGGGUUGGGUGGGCCUGGUGGCAAGCACCGCCAUCCCGCAAUGGCAGAUGAGUUCCUACGCAGGCGACAACAUUAUCACGGCCCAGGCCAUGUACAAAGGGCUGUGGAUGGACUGCGUUACGCAAAGCACCGGCAUGAUGAGCUGCAAAAUGUACGACUCGGUGCUUGCUCUGCCGGCGGCCAUGCAGGCCACUCGAGCCCUAAUGGUGUUAUCCUUGGUGCUGGGCUUCCUCGCUAUGUUUGUGGCCACGAUGGGUAUGAAGUGCACACGCUGUGGGGGAGACGAUAAAGUAAAAAARGCCCGUAUAGCUAUGACUGGAGGAAUCAUUUUCAUCGUAGCAGGUCUUGCAGCCUUGGUAGCAUGCUCCUGGUAUGGUCAUCAGAUUGUCACAGACUUUUAUAACCCCACCGUCCCUGUGAAUUUUAAGUAUGAGUUUGGUUCUGCCAUCUUUAUUGGCUGGGCAGGGUCUGCUCUGGUCCUCCUAGGAGGUGCACUGCUCUCUUGCUCCUGUCCUGGACAGGAGAGCAAAGCUGUGUACCGUGCACCACGCUCCUACCCUAAGUCCAACUCCGCCAAGGAGUAUGUGUGAAGUGGGACUCCCAUGCCCCAGCCUGACAAACUGUGGGCGUGCCCAAAUGAC